UGUUACUAGAUAACGGUCGAUUUUAUCUGUGCGCAUAUUGUUGACCGGUUUAUCAGUGGUAUAUUUUUAAACCGGUUAACACUUCCUGUAAGUAAAUUUUAAACAAAACAGGAAAAUACUAUUGUAAAUGUGAAAGAAACGAGUGCGCUCUUUAAUUGUUUGUAUUGAUGUUCUUAAAUGUUUAAGAGAAUUAUCAAUCAGUUCAACAGGCUUGACAUGAUGUCUGGAAGUUUGAUACCAUAAUUGGAUAUAUAUGACACUGUGCUGUCUUAAACGUUAAGAUAACAUUAAUGUACAUGUUGAAAUACUAUUCUCAAUAACAGUCACCUAAAUCAUUGUGUAUAUUAGGAUAUGUACAAAUGGAAUCUACAAGUGAAGAGCAAAGGGUCAAUGAAGAUUCGACUGAACUGUUCCAGCUUGCUGGUCAGAUUGAUUCCACUUUGGACUCACGCAUAACAUCAUUACUUUCAAAUGUCAGAAUCUUCAAUGCAUUUUUAAAAUUCUUUGAUGUUGAAGAGCUUGUACCAGUGGGCAGUUCCCAAGAUGGAUCAAAAGUCAAUGUCCCCGGUGACGGUGGGGAUGUUGAUAUCUUACUUAUAUCGAAGGCAGUUGUACUAGACGAGGACUUAUUGGAAUACGACAGCCGUUUUCCCGCAUAUGCGCGAGUUUGGGGCAUUGAGGAGCAUGAAAAAUUCUUGAAACGGAAACGUUUAAUCGAUGAUGUGUACCUCCCAGUGAACGUUCUGAAGAAUUUAGAACACCGAUUAUAUGGCCUUUUGAGGUUUUACAUCAGUAUCGCUACGCGGCCCGGUAUUUCCGAUUGCGGGAGAAUAUAUAACACCUUUCGUGAAUCCGCCGUUGGUUUUGAAGUGGCGGCGCUAGAUGGAGAAUCUGCGUUAACUGCCGUACAAAUCAAUCAAGUUCCAGACAUACGUAUUGGAAAAUUUAAAGUUGGUAUGAAACUCAUUCACAAUGCACUGGACUCACUCGAAGCACUCGCUCUUAAAGAAGAUCCACAUGAUUUCCCAGAUUCUCAGUCGCAAGCGUCAUUUUUAAAUUUAGUCGAAUGUGUUGCCAGUGCUGUAAUAAAAAUGGUCCAUUUGACGGAUGGUUAUGAGACCAAAAAAGAAUGUUUCAAAAGACAGGAAAGACACGAACCAGAGCCGUUUACAGUACCGAUACAUUAUGAUAUAGCUGAAUCAUUACAAAUAGUUGGGGAAACAAUUGAACUUCCAAAGCUCAUGACUGCUGAUAUGGUUCCUGCAUUUUCUGUUCGCGGCUGGCCAAGGGUGGCGGAGGAAUGGAUCACACGAGCUCGGAGAUGGCCAACAAAUGAAUUAGUACAAGACGUCGUACACAUAGGCUGUCAAAUUGUUGCAAAGCGACCGUUGUAUCCGGAACUAAAUGGCGACAGAAAAAACGAAGAUCAUUCAUCGGAAGCCGAUGAAUACGAUGAUUGUUUCAGGCUGUCAUUUUCACAGUGUGAACUCGCCUUAGCAAAGCAGUUUUCAGAGAUACAGCUUUUAUGCUGGAGGACUUUGAAAGCAUAUCAGAAAUCGUUCCUGCGCAACGAACCACCUGUACUAACUUCAUAUCAUUGGAAGACUGUGCUUUUUUGGAUCAGAGAAGAAACGGAUGACGAGUUUUGGUCGGAAAGAAACUUUUUGAAUUGUGUAUCAAAAGCUUUAGACUUCAUGAUCACAUGUUUAUUGGACCGUUUUCUACCUGGAUACUUCGUACGGAAAGAAAACCUUAUAAGUGGAUGUCGCGAGGAUUUAGUCGUAAAAACGCUGAACAUGGUUAUUGAAAUUCGAAAGGCUCCAUAUGCUUACUUGUUGAAUUUUGUAGAAGAUCCACCAACACCUGAUGUGUACCCUGUGUCGAAAGACAAAAUAAGAGAUUUUGUACGUGCGGAAAAUCAACAAACUUUAGUAGAGAAUAUCACUGGCAAUGUUAUACAGACUGUGGUCGUCUGUGGUUACGAAUGACAAUGACUGCGAAAAUGAUGCGUUUGAUUCCAUAGCCAGGAGGUUUCCCGAUAACCUUCAAAAUUUAGUUGAAAUCGUUAAAAGAGAGUACAUAAAUAAACCAGAUAAUUGUGUAUCUUGGAUGGAGAGAGUUGCAUUUACUGGUUUAGAAUCGGCAAUCGAGACUUGGUUUUCAAUGCCUCAAAAUAAAGCAUAUUCAACAUCAGAAAACUUGAACACAAAGUCCAAACAGCCGAUAAACGUUUAUAAUAAUAGCACAUUAGGAGGAGAGUGUGCAAAACCUGCAUACGUGGACGUUCAGGUGAUAUACUCGAGAGAGGAUUAUAAUUAUAGCCGAACAGAAGCACGUGCAAGUUCAUGCACUUCGGAUUCAGAUGCGAACAUUUACAACACGGAUACAUGUAUGAUCAAUGCACAUUGUGCAAAUAACGAUACGACAUAUUUGCCCGAAUGUAAUGCGAGCGAUAAGGAUUCAGUUCGUCCGAGAGCAUCCCUUAAGAGUCGUUUAUUAAGAACAGGAAUCGGAUGUUUAAGAGAUAUUGUUGCCGAAGUAGUAGAUGAAGACGAUGAUCAUGACGAUGAAAAUACGUCUGGUAAAGAUGUUUUACGUGUGGCUGGAAGAUUUCUAGGAACUGUUCACAAACGUUUGUGUGAAGACAUAGAUGACAAUAAAAUGAAAUAGAUUGGCUUUAUUUUUUAUUUGUUCAUGAGACACAAACAAACACAGGAUUACGACUAUAAUGGAUAUACAUGGUUUGUUGUUAAUUGAGUUUCUAAUGACACAAAAAGUGCUUAAGCAGGUAAUCAAAAUAAGCAUAGUAUAUACGAACGUUAGAAUAAAUUGAAAAUGGAAAUAGUGAAAACAGUCCACGGUCAAAUGUUUCUGUUGGAUUUAAUUAAGACUGGAUAGAUAAUAUACAUCACAAACACUUUGUUUUUGCUACUUGCUUAUGUGGUGUAUAGCUACAUGAAUUAUUGCCUCAUUAUUUAUUGUAAUUAAAUCAACAUAAAAAAUAAAAAGUUAAGCCCUAUAUUAACGUAGGAUACAAAUGGUAACAUUAAACAACUUUUAAUUAAGAUAAAUAUACCGCAUAUAUUUAUUAACCAGGAUUAUUAAAAGCAAUAAUGUUGUA